UCUUUGCCUUGCGGACACACGUUUUGCAAAAAGUGCCUGGAGCGGGACAGGGCCUCCGAGUCCCACUGCGCCCUGUGCAAGGAAGAGGGGAGCCUGGCGGCCGGGCAGCACCUCCGCGUCAAUGUCAUCCUCAGCAACCUGCUGGCCAAGUGGUUCCCCGGACAAGUGAAGGCGUCGCAGCUCAGGCACGAAGGGAACCUCUUGUAUAAGGAGAAGAAGCUGCAAGCUGCCCUGCAGAAGUACAAUGAAGCAGUCAGCCUAGCUCCAAAUGACCAUUUAUUAUAUAGCAACCGGUCCCAGAUUAACUCUACUUUGAAAUCUUAUGAAGAUGCAUUGCAUGAUGCAGAAACAGCAUGCAGGCUCCAACCAUAUUGGUCAAAGGGUCACUUAAGGAAAGGACAAGCAUUGGCUAAUGUGGGGAAAAUAGAAGAAUCUUUACGAGAGUUUCUAUUUUGCCUUGCCCUGGAUUUUGGGAACAGGACAGCCAAAUCAGAGGCUCAAAAGGUAAAUGUGGAACAGAAAAAGUGUUUCCCUGCUCAGGAAGAACAAAAAAUGAGUGACACUGGCAGUCUGAGAAAAUCCAUUCAAAUGAUAGAAAGUAAAAAAGGCUGCUCAGAAGAUGAGAACAAACAUGCCUCUGCCCCAGAGUCUGCCCUUCUCAUUUCUGAGAAAUGCAGCCUUCUGAAGAGAAAGCACUGCUCUGAGGAAAUGAGAAGUGCUGAGGUGCCCUGCAAACUCAUGAAGAAAGGUGCAAUUGAUGCCAAGGGAUCUAGUGCUGGGCACUGCGUUCCAUUUGAAUUUGUGGACCCCUCUGACCUGGAUUGUUCUUUGUGUAUGAGGCUUUUUUAUGAACCUGUCACCACACCUUGUGGGCACACCUUCUGCCUGAAAUGUCUCGAAAGAUGCCUAGAUCACAAUGCAAAAUGUCCCCUGUGCAAAGAAGGUCUCUCUGAGUGCUUGGCUCUGAGGAAAUAUUGCAAAACGGUACUGAUGGAGGAGUUAAUAGCGAAGUACCUUCCAGAGGAACUCACUGAGAGAAGGAAGAUUUAUGAAGAAGAAAUUGCAGAGCUUUCCAACUUAAAUAAGAAUGUUCCCAUCUUUGUCUGCACAAUGGCCUAUCCUACAGUCCCUUGCCCUCUGCACAUCUUUGAGCCAUGUUAUCGACUGAUGAUUCGAAGAUGCAUGGAGACUGGCACCAAACAAUUUGGAAUGUGUAUUGGUGAUCCUGUCAAGGGGUGAGUGAGCAGUGCACACCAGUGGUGGCAGUUGCUUUUCUAGAUCAGACCAAUGAUCUGUUUUAGUCCAGUAGCCUGUCUGUGCUAGCUGCCUCAAAGGAAGGUGCUGAAAACCCCAUAAUGGACAACUGUGGAAUAACAGGCUGAUGGGGGGCGGGGGGCAUUUCUUCCUAACAGUGUUGGUUACUGGUGUGCUGAUGUACUGAAGCGUGAAGAUAAGAUUUAUAUCCCUUACUAGACACUUCUGCCCUAUCGAGGGUAACUGCAGAUAUUAUUCAUUUAAAUAUUUAAUCCUUUUUUGGAAUCCCACUAAGCUAUUGGCCUCAAUGGUAUGUGGCAAUGGCUCACAGUUUAUUAGGUAUAGCUUGAGGGAAAAGUAUUUUCUCUUAUUAGUCUUAAAUUUAUUUCUUUGGUACCGCCAGCCAAGUUGGAAUGUUAAUGAAUUUUACUGUCGAAAAGAAACAGUCAUGUUAUCAGGUCAGAUUGACAUCUCCACUGUAUUAAAUAUAGUGGUUGGGAUAGAAGUAUGGUCAGCUUAGUACAUGGACUGUCUGAGCAUUUACAUCAUGCCAUUUACAGCAAACACUGUAAGUGCCAAUCUUGUAUCACCCUGCCUUGAAGCCCACAUCUGCAUUUUGACUUCUCACCAUUGUCAUAAGAGACUGCAAAGCAAAGCUUACUAAAAUCAUUGGUAAGUUUUUCUUUGUAGAUUUUCUAGUCCUUCCGUAGUGCUUACUAUCCUUAACCCUACUGGCCAUGGAGUUUUCACUGAACAAUGUAAGUUCUUACAUUUUGAAAUGUAGAUAAAUAGUAGAAAGUGAAUUAUCCUUCUAGAACAGUUGCACUGGUCCAGUAUGUGGUUACCGAAGAGAUUCCAUUGCACAAGAAAUUCUCAGUAUUCUAAAAUUCAAUGGCAACAGACUACAUUAAUGCAGAAUUAAGGUUGCUUGGUGGUAUAUUGUCCCCUUGCAAAAUUCAAACUCCUGAAAACCAGGAAAUGCCUAGUUAAGAUUGCCCAUGCAACCUUUAAUCCGCCCUCUUUCAGCAAUGCUUCCGUAGGUCUGUGUAGUCACAGGGCAUUUGCUUUGCCAACCCCACAGUUGCUGAAAUGUAUUAGCUCUUUACCUCCUUUUUACAGCGCAUUCACUCACUCACUCACUCACUCACAGGAUUCCAUCUAAAACUCUUACAGGACAAAAAUGAGAUGAAAAUAAUCAUAACUCCUGGACACACAUCUGAUACGAUCCAAUGUAUGAGGUGAACACCAGGAAUAAGGCUCAGAUUAUUUCUGCCCAAAUGAAUCACCCCUGUGCCCAGUAGGGCACAGUUCUUAAGUCACUGGUUAGAUGAUGCAGAGUGGACAAAACAUGAUGCCUGCGCUGUCGGUUCCUAAGCUCUGUGCAGUGUUUCUUUGAAAACAUCACAUUAAUCUGCCCUUGUAACUACUUGGUCCAACAAGUCCCCCAGGAGCUAGUGAAAAAAAUCCCCCCGGCAAGUCUCGAACUGGUUGUUUAUCACCCAUCCCUGUGAAUCCCCUAUAAACCUCUUCCCCUUGCUGCAGCCCCAAGCCCCUCUCCCCUUAUUACUCAAUUCCUCAGCCUCCUAAUAGCCCUCUCCUUCCAGGAAGCAGUCAUGUGUAAUUUUUUUCCUCCCCGCAGACUUGAUUACAUUCCCUCAAAAUAAAAUUGCCGCCUGUGACUCGCAAAUUGCAGCUGCCUCUGGCCACUCAGUCCAAAACUCCUUUUGUCUAAGAUGUGGGGCUUGUGAUUAAUUCAUCCUCAGUUAUGAGCUUUGCUUUGCAGUCCCUUAUGACAAUGGUGAGAAGUUAAUCACCAUCCGUCUUAGCAUGGUCUGUGACUCAUCCAGCCAUUAGUACAUUUCAAUUUAACAGAACAAGGCAGCAGAAGGAAACUGGUUUGGUUUUGGUUUUAUGAGGCAUGUAACUUGGAUCCUCUAGGUCAAAUGAUCCCACAUUUUGGAUCAUUAACGCUACCCUUUGCCCCCAUGAGGCAUCCCAAAUUUCAUAGCAAUCCAAGUAACCAUUUGGCUUUUAGAGCCCUUACAAAAGCCAAGCAUAUAAAAUGGCAGGCAUGGAAACCCUCUAGUCACCUUUCUGUAUUGGCGCAUGUGCACUGUAAAAGGUACGUUUUCUUAAAUACUGUUCUCAGUUUGGGUCCACCCCCAAAGAUUUAAUAAGAAGAACAGGAGUACUUGUGGCACCUUAGAGACUAACAAAUUUAUUAGAGCAUAAGCUUUC